CGGGGCCCUGCGCGCUGCUCUCGCGAUCCGUCAAGGAGGUCGAAGAGGGCGGAAAAUGGCGCCUAUCAAGGCUGGCAGUGGUGCAAGCCUGGUUCCAAGGGCUGUGGCCCUGCUCCUCGCUCUGGGUGUGGGAAGGGCUCUGGCGCUACCCGAGAUAUGUACCCAGUGUCCGGGGAGUGUGCAAAAUUUGUCAAAAGUGGCCCUUUAUUGUAAGCAGACUCCGGAGCUAAUGGUGCACGCCCGCUGCUGCGUGAAUCAGAAGGGCACCAUCUUGGGGUUGGAUCUCCAGAACUGUUCUUUGGAGGAUCCUGGGCCAAACUUUCCUCAAGCAUAUACUGCUGUUAUCAUAGACCUUCAAGCAAACCCCCUCAAGGAUAACUUGGCCAACACCUUCCGUGGCUUUAUCUGGCUCCAGACUCUGGUACUGCCACAAGGUAUAAGCUGUCCUGGAGGUAUUAGUGCCUGGGAAAAAGUUACCUCUUAUAUGGACAACAAGAUCUGCCAAGGCCAAAAGAACCUUUGCAAUAGCACUGGAGAACCAGAAAUGUGUCCUGAGAAUGGAUCUUGUGCAACAAAUGGUCCUGGGCUCUUGCAGUGUGUUUGUGCUGAUGGUUUCCACGGAUACAAGUGUAUGCGCCAGGGCUCCUUCUCACUGCUUAUGUUCUUUGGGAUUCUGGGAUCCACCACACUAUCCAUGUCCAUUUUGCUUUGGGGAACCCAGCGGCGAAAAGCCAAGACUUCAUGAACUACACUGGGCGUCCUGCUAACCUAAGAUUAUCUUGAUGUAUAGCCCAGCAAGGAAGGUUUGUUAACUUGACCGGCAUCAUUGACCAACAGACCCUCCUAAGUCUGAGGCUGCAACUGGAAGGAAGAAGAAAAACUGCACCACACCAGUGUGGGACCCUGGAGUCAGGAAUGAACCUAGUACCAGUUCCCAUUUGUGCUGUUAACUACAAUAAACUUUUUUUUUUAACUUUUUUCCUUUUA